GCUGCUACUACUCAGUGCAGACCCACCGUGUGUACGCAGUUGAGUGAAGAAUAAACAAGAGGCAUUAUGGAUUCGAGGAUACUUGAAGUCCUCCUCCUCGGAGUGUUUAUCAGUGGACUGAAUGCAUCCAGGUUAGUAUUAAACCAAGAACUUUCCACCCUCUUCAAUGAUUUGUGGAGGCUGGAUACGAAUCGAAUGACGCCUGGAGUCGAUUACAACAUCUCGGUUCAAGGCCGAGCAGGAUUCGUGAGCCAGGGCAGUCAAGUUGCGAUCGAUCGUGCUUCUCUACCUUUCUUCACCAAUGUUAAUGAGGUCAAGAUGGGGAACGUCACCACUAUCUCCAGACUUUUGAAGCUGCUGGACAACUAUGAGAGAUCAACCGGUGUAGCUGAGUACGUUACAGUUGAGGAACAGACUGAGAUCAGCCUCUUCUUGGAUGCCAUCCUAGAGACAGAAGUUAUGAAGCGUGCUCAUAGAUAUCUGGUGAGCAAAGGCCAGUCUUCAUCUAACUUGAGACACUUCAAGAGUCAGCUGCACUUGAUUUGGUUUCACCUCUACCACAGACAGAGGAAUACCGGGCCUGACUCGUGCGGCUUCGAGCACGUCUUUGUCGGAGAGAUCAAAUUUAACAGUGAAAUCACAGGCUUCCAUAACUGGAUCCAGUUCUACGUGCAGGAAAAGGGCCAGCUGCUGGACUACAAAGGCUACAAGGCGAGGGAGCACGACUUGCCCGACGAGGACGACCACGUGGUGAGCCUGCAGUUCAGUUGGCACAGUGUGCUCAAGCCCGUGGGCAGUUCCUUCAUCGGCACCAGCCCCGAGUUCGAGAUGGCCCUCUUCACCGUCGUCUUCCUCAUGAACACGGAGAGGAGCACCACGGUGCUGGUCAACAUCGACCAGUGUCAGAUGGAGCUGGUGGUGGUCCGACACGGACGCUCCCUCGGCACGGCCUACCCCAAAUUGCUCAGCAGCAACAGCAGACAUAUUAGACAGCAGUCACAAUGAUUUCAGGCGAACGAGGAAGUCACCCACUGAGAUAAUGUAUCUCUUCUCAGUAAUCCUGGACCGACAAUAUUAUCACAAUAAGAUAUAAAACAACUGAAAUAAGCCAUGAAAUGUUUUUGUAUUACAGAACUGGCAUUAUAUACUAAUUUGACAAGUAAACCUUAAGAGAUGGCACAAGUUUGUCUUUUUUUUGGGGGGGGUUGAAUAAUUUAGACACAAAUGUCCUUCCCUUAAAAUGGCCCAAACCUAAAAAGGAUUGCUUCAAAGAAAACAUUUUACAUUAAAAAUUGUUCAAACGCAAAUAUUCGAGUCCCAAAUAUUUUGUUGCAUUCAAAGACUUUUUCAAUGAUUGAAUUUUUAAUUUUUUUAUGGAAGUUUUUUUUUUUUUUUUCCCAAAAUAUAUUUUUGGGUCUGAAGCAACUAUUUUUUAAAAUUGUAUUAUAAAGAGACAAAUGUCCU